AGAACUGGUCAUAACAUUGGUAUUGGUAAUUUUGAUAAUUAAUUUGGUAAUUCUAAUUCUUAUUGAACUGCUAAAAAUAUUUUGUGCAACUAUCCACGAAUGUAAAGAACGUAUUCACUAUUUAUAUGCAACGGUCAGCUUCAUUCUUAUUAUCAGAAGGUUAUAAAAUUCAUUUAAAAAGUCUAAAGGAGGCAUAACAGAUUUAUUUCUAAAAGAGGUACCAACUGAAAAAGGUUUAACCAGCAAACGAGCUGCAUGGUUAUAAUGCCUCCCUUACAGCACUUAAAAGUAAUUGCGUUAAAAUGACAAGAGAAUCCGAAACCAUAUCAGUAAUGAUUAAGGGAGCUGAGCUGGAUGUCCCUCGCAAGCAUAGAUGACAAUAGAGAUACUACCUCAACAUGGAAAAACCUCUGUUUCUGGCCAGAGGUUUUACUAUCUUUCGCAAACGGGUUAAAACGUUGUGCUAGUUUUAAGCUUCAACAGUGAACUUUCUGCCAAUUAUAUGAUGGAAGACCUAACGUUGUUUAUGUCCACUAAAGUGAAAACAAUAACGGAGUUAACCAUUGUGUCGGAGCUGCAUUGGCAUUUCGUAAAAGGGUGAACUGACGUUGAAUACCUUAGAAACACCUGCUUCUUGAUCUUAGGUACCGCUUUUAGCUGCAUCAUUGGCAAUCCAUCAAGAUCCAAUGCCAAUGCCUUCUAAAAGAGGAGCAUAAAAACCCUAUCAUACCUCCCAACCCAUGACCAUCAUGAGGCCCUAAGCGCCUUUAUUUAGUGCAGAAUAAAAUAUUUUCCACCGUUAAGUGCACGCCAUAAUCCUGCCAGCAAAUUUCUUCCUUGGAGAAGUCAUUAAACAUACAACUCCAAAACUUCUCGGGCCCUACCUGGCUCAGGCUAAGCCUCAGGCUCAGGCUCAUGAAGUGUAGUAGGCUCCAAGGGCAUGACCCUACAACAUGUGUAAAACUAAUACUGGACUAUCCACAUCACAAAUCAAGACAAACAAUUUGCCAUGAUGUUAAAUGUAUGAUGUAUCGAUCAAAGGACUCUUCCUUAAGGCCAUAACCUCAGUUGCUUCCACAGUAAGGUGAGCAAUCAGCGGAUCCUUGUUGUUUGUAGUGCUAAUAAUACACAUAAUGCUCCCGCAAGUUAAGGGAUAAGGUUCUGCCUUUUUUCGCCAAACGUUUUAAGAUGGGUGAUUAAUAGCAACUGUAACAGCAUCAUCCAAUGUAGCAAGAAGCCAACUCACUCUGCAGGCUUAAGUCAACUGCAAUGACUUCCAGUUCCUUCCUCAUAGGGUCCCAUCUUAUGUUAAGCAUGCUUAGACAAUCAUCAUCAUUCCAAAAAAAUGCUAAAUAAGUUUCCAAUGUUGUCUUUAUACUAACCAUAGUGUAUAGAUCCUCUUCGUGGCUCUACUGAUCAAACACAGACAUUUUUCUUAUUAGGAACUAGAAAGAUUGCUGUUUAUUAGGCACAAAACAAACAUGAGGUCGAGUAUUAUCUGGUUGGUUCUCAGCUUAUAUUUUGCACUUCCUGUGGACAGCCUACACAACCAUAAUACUGAUUCUUUGGAUGCUUUUCUUCAGGAUUCUGCUUUCAAGUCUCUGGUCCAGCACCGGCCGCAGACUGGUGCUCUAUACCGAGCUUUCCUCCCUGCCAAUCUGUCAGGCAUGGAGGCUUCAAUUGUUCGUCUCAGAAGCCGGAGAUUGUGGAAUGUUGGUGCGAAUUUUAGCAACUUUCAGAUUCCAUCAAGAACCAGGACAAUGCCUCAUGUGAAGAGGCUGGCUAUAGUUUACCAGGACUUGGGCAACUGGUCAGAUCAUUACUACAGUGUUCCAGGCUACUCAAUGGUCACCUCUGUUGUAGGUUUCAUGAUUUUUAAUGCAUCAAAUGCAAGAGCUAGGAGACUUAAGAGGAUUAGUCUCGAUACAAGGGGGAGGAGUAUAGUCAUUCAUUUCCCUGAUUUGACAUUUCCUGAGAGCAUGAACUCAGGAGCCAAAUGUGUAGCGUUUAGUGAACAUGGGACAUUUCACCUCAGUGAAAUGAAUCAAUUUAAUGUAUGCUACUCUCAAGAUCAGGGUCACUUCUCCAUUGUUGUGCCAAUGGAGAGGAAAGGACAGGGCAAUACGAAGCAGAGACUAUUUUAUUUGUGGAUUAUAGGUUUUAUGCUUGGACUAGGAGGACUUGCUUUGGUGGGAUAUUUUGGCUUGGUAUCCAAGAAACUUUUGAAGACCCAGAAGAUUCAAGUAAUGGAAAGACAAUCUGAUGAGGAUUUGGUUCUUGAAACCGUAUGGGUUGGUAGGAGUAAAAUGCCAGCUGCAACAGUAACAAGAACUCAGCCCACUAUUGAGAAUGGAGGUUUUACAUAGCUUUCUUAUACUCUUUCUUUGCGUUCUUCCUUCCUGAUCAUCCCUCUGGAUUCUAAUCUCCUUCUCCUUUCUUUCCUCCUCUUCUCCUCUGUCUUUUCGGGUUAAAUGCAAGGUUUGAUAAAAUCUGUUCUGCAGGCUAAGAUGUUCAUUUGCCCUGAACGGGCGUCUGGAUUUCAGUUUUUGUGGACUGCUGAGUGAAGCUACCACUGGGUUUCAAUUAGACUUGGAUUGUACCAUCUGAAUGGUACUCUGCAUUAGUUUAAUUAGAAGAUUAAUUUUAAUAAACUAUUAUGAAUGCAAUUCACAUUUUGUUGAAGGAUAAUCCAUCCAUGGGAUCAAAUAUUUAGAAUUCCAUAUGAACUCUUGAGAUUACAAACAUGUGGGUGUGAAUUUGCGUGGAGCCUCUAAACACUCGCGUCAUAAGUUGCUUUGCAGGUUUGGUUCAGUAGCUCAAGGAAAAAAUACAAAUGGAGAAAGGAUGCAAGGAAUAUGAGAGAGACCCAACUUGGAAUUCUUGGGCAAGUUCUUGGCAAAAUUCAAGAAACAGGAUGCAUCAUUUAAAGAUAUUGAAGUAAUUUUGCUCAACUGAUACCUAAUGAUCUGUGAUGAAUGAAAACAUAAAUAACGCCCAAUUCAAGCGUGGCCCUGCGGCACCAUGAUCCUUCCAUUUUGUAAUUUGCAUGGUUAUUGCUUUUGAAUGAUAUGCAGAAUUCAAUACCACAAAUAAGCAUCCCCUUUUCAUCACUGCAGUUUCUUAUCAGCGGAUCGACAAACAAGAAAGAAUUAGGAAAAAAGCAUGAAGAUAUGAAUUUAAAGUUCUAUACUAGUAGAUUUGCUAAUUGCUAGUAAGGCUCCCAGUUACUUUUGUCCCCUGAUAACCAAAGCAGAACCAGCCAUAUUAUAGCCAUCCCAUUAA